AUGAGGUCCCCUUUUCUUUUUAUUACCAGAAGCUGCAAGGCUGUUCACAGUCUGCAACGAAGCCCGUUUUUAUCACCAUUUUCAUCCCAGUCCAGUCAUCAGAGGAUCGCUGCUCUGACCCACCUGUGCACAGACGAGAGGACUUACUACAUAACCACUCCCAUCUUUUAUGUCAAUGCUUCUCCUCAUUUAGGACACCUGUAUUCAGUUGUGAUAGCCGACUGCCUACACAGGUAUAAGCUGCUUCGGGGCUUCAACUCAAAGUUUUCAACAGGCACAGAUGAACAUGGCUUGAAAAUCCAACAAGCCGCUGAAGCUGCAGGAAAAGGUCCCCUGACUUUCUGCACUGAUGUGUCUGAGAGAUUCAAACAUCUCUUUAGCAGCUGCAACAUUUCGUACACAGACUACAUAAGAACCACUGAGCAGAGACACCGUCAGGUUGUGGAGCAUUUCUGGUCAGUGCUCUGGAACAAAGGGUUCAUCUACAAGGGGACUUAUGAAGGCUGGUACUCCACACAGGAUGAAAGCUUCCUCACGCCGUCGCAGGUGGGCGAUGCUGUGGACUCAACAGGGAAGGAGAUCAAGAUAUCGCUGGAGAGUGGACACAAGGUGGAAUGGAUGAAAGAGGAGAACUACAUGUUCCGUCUUUCAGCGUUCCGGUCUCAGCUGCUCGACUGGCUCAGAGGAAAUCCCCAGGCCGUGCAGCCUGAGCGUUUCUACCAGGCUGUUCUCCAGUGGCUGCAGCAUGACCUUCCUGACCUGUCAGUGUCCCGUCAGAGAAGCCGCCUUCAGUGGGGCAUCUCAGUCCCCGACGACCCUGAACAAACCAUCUACGUGUGGCUAGAUGCUCUGGUGAACUAUCUCACAGUAGCUGGCUAUCCAGAUAAGCACGACCAAUGGUGGAAUGUGGUCCACCACGUUGUAGGAAAGGAUAUCUUAAAAUUUCAUGCCAUGUACUGGCCAGCUUUUCUUCUAGGAGCUGGACUGCCGCUGCCACAGACAAUACAUGUCCACUCUCACUGGACAGUUGAAGGAAAGAAGAUGUCUAAAAGUUUGGGAAAUGUGGUAGAUCCUCUUCAGCGCUCACAGAUGUUCACAACUGAUGGUGUGAGGUACUUUCUUCUGCGUCAAGGUGUCCCAGACUCAGACUGCGAUUACACAGAUCACAAAGUAAUCAAGCUUCUCAACGCAGAGCUAGCUGACUCUCUGGGUGGUCUGCUUAACCGCUGCACAGCUCCAGCUCUGAACCCAGCACAGGUCUACCCUUCUUUUUGUCCUCAGUCUUUCCCGAAAGAACAGGGAGGCAGGGCUGUGGUUGAAGACUACCUCAUGUUGGAUGCUGUAAAAAAUCUCCCUGCUGUGGUAGAGCAGCACUAUGAGAGCAUGCAUGUAUACAAAGCUCUGGAGGCUAUCACCUCUUGUGUGAGGCAGACCAACGGGUUUGUUCAGCGCCACGCACCUUGGAAGCUGGACAAGAAGGACAGUGCAGAGCAGCGCUGGCUAGACACCAUCAUCCAUGUCUCCCUUGAAUGCCUGAGGAUUUAUGGCACAGUCCUCCAGCCAAUAGUGCCAGAGAUUUCUAACAAACUCCUGUCCAGACUCGGGGUGCAACCAGGCGAGAGGAGCUGGGCAGCUCUGAACUUUCUGCCAAGGUAUCAGGGAAUGGACUGUCCCUUUGAAGGGAGAGCGCUGGGAUCUGACUCUGGAGUACUUUUUAGUCGCCUGGAAAAUCCGAAUGUGGAUCAACAAAAACCGAACAAAGCAAAAAAAGCAACAAAACUGAAAUGAGGAAUUGUUUAAUGUGCCCUGUAGACUGAUUGAGUCAGCAUAGCUUCACCCCACAUCCACCUGGGUGGAAGUCUAAUUAGGCAGAAAGUGAAAACACCUGUAUGGGUCUUGAAAUUUUCUGUUAAUACCUUUUUUCAUUUUGUGUGUUUUUUUUUUUUAAUUAUGGAAGGAACAUUUUGUUUUAUAGUUUUACAUACAUUGUAGGUAUGGCUCAAAGUCUGUAACAAAAUAGAUUUGUCACUGUUAAAGGAAACCUAACUCUAAACACUACACAGGUGGUAAUGGUGUGAAUGAUAUGUAUGUCAAAGCGCCCUACACUCACCAAAACUACUGUGUUUCUUCUUUUGAAGACAUUGAUAUUAUCUCUUCUUGGUAGUAACACUUCCAUGCUAAGUUUCAAAAAGUCAUCCAGCUCUCAAUGGAUCUUUUUCAUGAACAUUAUGACAAGUCACAGUAGGAAAGUCACAGGUGUAAAUAAUGAAAUGAAUCAUGGCUGAAUACCAUUUACUUCAGUUUCAGGGUCCUGGUGUUGUGCAUUAGUAACACAAUGCUUUUCCUGUUGCAACAGGUCAAAUUGUCUGCUGUGAAAAAGGUCUACUGUAGUAAAGCUUCAGACACUGAAACUCUGACUGUGAAAGUUGUCCAACCCUUACAGUAUUUAGUCAGAGGAAAAAUGCCUCCAGCCUUGAGUUACCUAUAAAUCUGAGACACCUGUGCAAUUAAAAGCUAUUAUUUACCUCUGUGCAUCAUGUCAUCAUCCUUUCAGUCUUAUCUGUUCAUGUAAUAAAUUUUCAAAUGUUUUUCCCCCAGACCUGGAGAAUUAAAUGCUCAUCUACAUGAAGUUGCUGUUUAAACAUCUUAAUUUGAAUUAGUUGUGGGAUCAGUUAAUCAUUGGCCAAAACAAUUUCAUGUCACCAGGAGUUGUAAAAGUUAUUAAAAACACAAGAACUAUAAUUUAGCAUUAGAAUUUUUUUGCAUAACAGCAGCCUUAUUUGAACAAAUUCUUUGAUCCCCUUGACUUUCAUGAUUGAAUGUUUCUUUGAUAUGUUUUAAACACAGUAUACACGCAGCCAACACAAGUACAAGACAUAAAAACUGACAUGAUUUUUUAAUGAGAAAUACACGAA